CAAAGAUCAAAAGAAAGACCUCUUUUGACCAGAAACUUGUCGUGACGAUCGACAACAACACCACACUACUAUAACAAUAGCCGUACUCCUAACCCCGGAUCACCUUCUCCCUCUCCCUUCUUGCCUUUCGCUCUUUGUCCCCUUAGCGAUCGAAAUCCCAUCUCCUUGUGCCCUGGUCUGAUGGCGGGUCGACCUUCCCGUAGCACGCGUUCAGUCAACGUUAGCUACACCGAACCUACCGAGGACGAUUACCUCAAAGGUCUGAGAUCGACAUCCAGGCCGUCAGCUUCAGCAUCUGCAUCGUUAUCGGCGGCAACAUCGACAGCAUCGGCUCAAGCGGCGUCGACAAGGAUCAAGCCGAUCAAGUUCAACUUGAAAGCCCUGAGGCAGGGUUUGCCCAAGGAGGAACAUCUCGAUCGACCUUUCCACCACGAAGACGAUAACAACCACGAGGGGGAGGAUAAUCACAACGAGGACGAAUAUAACGAGCCCGACGAUAAUCACGACGACGAAACGGAUACGAUGAACCCGAACUUGAACCCUUUCAACGCUCGUCGAUCGUCGAGGACCAGCCGACGUAGUUCGGCAGGUAGCAGCCAGAACAACCUGAAGACCAACGGGAACAGUAAUUCGCUUGCGACGAGGACUUCCAGUCGACGGACCCGAGCUACGAUACAGCAAGAGAACGUGGAGGAGAAUGGGAUGGUCUACGAGGAUGCCGAUGGACAAGGUCGAUCGCAAGCUCAGCUUCAGGUGCAAUCCGGAUCUCGAGCUCCUGGUCGACGAUCUUCCCGAGGGUACCAUCCCAACCUCGAUCCCGAGCUGGGAGUACCUCUUCACGAGGACGGGGAUGGGGAUGAGGAUGCGAGUGGGGAGGUUGAUGAAGAGUACGUCGGUGAUGGGGACGGUGCAGAAGUCGGGGAUGCGGUGCCGGAGGAAGAGGAAGAAGAAGAAGUCGCACGCACGCCUACCCCUCCCACAGAAUAUGUCCAGACACGAGGCGGUCGUCAAGUCGCGAAAAAAAUCCUCCGCGAGUCUCCCGACCCGGAUGACCCGGAUGCUCUGGACGAGGAUGACUUUGAGAACUCGAUCAAAGCCGAUGAAGAUUUCGACGAGUCGCCCCCACCUCGGCGAGCUACACGGGCGGCCAAGAAGAAUAACCUCGACGGAUUCGUAGAGGACGACGAAGAAGACGCUUCAGAGGAUUCGAACGGACGGCGAAAGAGCAAAAAAGCGGGGUCCUCGCGAGUGCAGCCCAGCCGAUCAACAAGAAAGAGCUCGAGGAUUCCCAAGAAGAAGGCCCGAACUGAUGACGAUUACGAACAGGACCACGACGAAGAAGAGGACGACGAGGUGGUGGAGAUGACGCCCGAGUUUAGCGAUCACCCGAGCGAUAUCAUUACCGGUCCAGCGACCAGUAAACCGAAUGGUCGAGCUCGUGGUCGCAGGGCUGUCCAGUCGACGGACGACGAGCAGCCGAUUACGAGAAAAUUGAGACAGCGCACCACCAAUGUCAACUAUGACAUGACGGCACUGAACCCGCUACUUCCUGACGACAACUUCGGUCGGAAACGAGCGGGACCCAGCGGAAGUAAUGCCGGGAACGGCGCUUCGCAGAACAAUGGAGGGUUCUUGAUGGACAUGGCGAGAGGCUCAGGCGCGCUCGCAGAUCCCAACAUGCCGAACAUGCCAGAUUCUGAUUCGGACGAUGAUAUGCCCGACUAUAUCAAAGAUCUUCGAAAAGAGGCUUCAUCGACGAUGGCUCUGGCCAAUGGAGGAACGAAUCGAGGAAAGAAGGGGAAUGCCCCUGCUGUCGGUCCCAGUACAGCUACGGUCGCAGCGGGAACGGUGGGAAGAUACAACCCGGAGGCUGCUCGAGCAGAUGCGGAUCCAUUGGGCGUGGACCUGAAUGUGACUUUCGACCAAGUGGGCGGUCUGGAUGGACACAUCAAUCAAUUGAAGGAGAUGGUAGCACUGCCAUUGCUGUAUCCCGAGCUGUUCCAGCAAUUUGGCAUCACGCCACCGCGUGGUGUAUUGUUUCAUGGUCCCCCAGGAACAGGUAAAACCCUGCUAGCACGAGCGUUGGCAGCGAGUUGUAGUUCGUCUUCCCAAAAAAUCGCCUUCUUCAUGCGAAAGGGAGCGGACUGUCUCAGCAAAUGGGUGGGAGAAGCCGAACGGCAGCUGCGACUUCUUUUCGAGGAAGCCAAGAACGCUCAGCCGAGUAUCAUCUUCUUUGAUGAAAUCGACGGUCUCGCGCCGGUCAGGAGUUCGAAGCAAGAUCAGGUGCAUUCUUCUCUUGUGGCGACCUUAUUGGCGCUGAUGGAUGGCAUGGACGGACGAGGUCAAGUCAUCGUGAUCGGUGCGACAAAUAGGCCGGACUCCGUAGAUCCUGCACUACGCCGGCCGGGUCGUUUCGAUAGGGAAUUCUACUUUCCUUUGCCAAACAAGGAGGCGCGCAAGAAGAUUAUCAGCAUCAACACGCGCAAAUGGCAACCUCCUCUUGAGGACGUGUUCUUGGACGAACUGGCAGGUGUGACUAAGGGUUACGGAGGAGCAGAUCUCCGGGCACUAUGCACGGAAGCCGCUUUGAACGCCAUACAAAGGCGAUAUCCUCAAGUAUACAAGACAAACGACCGACUACUGCUCGAUCCCACGUCCAUCCACGUGCAAGCUCGAGACUUUAUGGCUUCGGUGAAAAAAAUUGUUCCAUCUAGCGCAAGAUCGGCUUCUAGCAGUGCUCAACCGAUCCCUCCACAUCUGGAACCUCUUCUCCAGGACCCCUUGCGACGAAUCACAGGCGUAUUGGACGAGCUGAUACCGAACAAAAAAACCAAGACCGUACUCGAGGAGGCAGAGUGGGAGGACGACAACGCCGACGGGACCUUUGGGAAGGAGCUGAUCAUGCAAUCUUUCGAGACGCUUAGGGUUUACCGGCCAAGACUCUUGAUUCACGGUCAGAAGGGCCUGGGGCAACGGUUCUAUGGAGCUGCCCUGCUUCAUCACCUGGAAGGCUAUCAUGUACAGAACUUGGAUAUCGCGACCUUGCUGGGUCAAUCUACAGCGACUAUCGAAACGAUGCUUGUACAAAUGUUUGUCGAAGCCAAGCGUCAUCAACCCUCCGUCCUUUACAUCCCCGCACUCAGUCAAUGGUCCGCAGUAUUAACGCCUACCGCCAAAGCGACUUUCGGCACCCUGUUGGACAGCCUGACGCCGUCCGAACCGGUCGUUGUUAUCGCAUUUAUGGAUGAGCCCCUGCGCGAAUUGGAUGACGAACUCAAGUCGUGGUUUGGACGCAUGGGAGAUAAUUUGAUAGAACUCCACGCGCCCGAUAUUGAACAAACCAAGGCUUAUUUCCGAAACAUCAUCGAGAAGAUCCGGUUGCCACCUGAUCAGUUCCCCGACGCAUUACCGAAACGUCGGAGGAUCUUGGAGGAACUGCCUAAAGCGGCACCGUUACCUCCUCCUGCUCCAAGCGCAGCGGCAUUGGCCGAGCAAGCGGCAAAGGAUCAAACCCUAAAGGAGAUUGUAGCGUUCCGAUUGAACCCUAUCCUGACGGAACUCAAGAAGAGACACAACAGAAAGUCGACUUUGACUGCGGCGGAAGCUUUGCAACGCUGGUACCAGCUUGUCGCGAGGGAUGAAGAACGCGCAGAAGACGAAAGGCAGGCGGCCAAAGCGGCCGAGAUUGGCCCAGAGGCAUCACUGGCACUUGAUGCAGCCAUAAACGGAGAUGCUGUUCAGCCGAUGGCUGUCGACGUGCCGAUGGACAAUCCGCUUGCCGAGAACAACAAUGGCAUUGCUGUGACAGUAUCAAUGGAAGCGGUCGAACCCGCACCCGCCGAACCCGCUCACGCGGAGCGACCACGAACGCAAUCUCCCGUCGCCGACAAGCCUUCUCGACCCAAGCCUCACUGGGUCGACUUUGAACUCAUGCAGGAAAAGCUCAUGAGUCAAGACGACGGCUACUACUCGCUGAGGGCGUUCGAGCGUGACAUCUUCCGUAUGAGGGAGAAUGUCGAUGGUGCCGAGAUGGACCUCGACAAACGUACCAAGGCGGCUUUGCUGGCGAAAGAAGCCACACUUAUGAUCAAGGAUCACUUCCAGGAUGAGCAGCAGAAGCUGGAGAUCGAACGGAUGGCUGCACGAGAGUACGCCAAGAAGCAGCUCAAGAAGAAGAAGGGCACCAAAUCAGCAAGUUCGUCACCCAACGGUACUCGAUCCUCUGCCCGUUUGAGCGGUCGCGCUCCCGAGAUCAGCUUUACCGAAAUCCUACAAAACGAAAGGGUCAACGGGAAAAAGCGCUCUCGGGACGGUUCGGAAGAUGCGGCUUCGAUCGGCUCGGAUGGACGAGCUGCUAAGAGGAACAAGGGCGAAACUGGUGGUGCCGUGCUAGGCCUGCCCGAUCAGCAACGCCUGAUGGCAGAUGCUAGUCAUGCUCCUUCGCACGGCAUAUUGGGCACAGGAUCCGGUACUCAUGCCAUGGCGGCGCCCUUGCAAGAGGACAUUUUGGCGGGCCAGCUGGAGCAAGCAUCGACGAUUGCGCAGCCCUCAUCAGGAGGCUUGGCCGCGAUCUUGAACCCUAUCCACUUGCGUCCUCGAAGCACAACGCCGCAGACCGAGCCGCCGAUUACCCAGCAGCCGGUCCCUCACCCGCAUCCUCCAUUCUUUAUUCCCGAAAAGCAGUUGGAAGACCUGUCCGACAUUCUCGUUAUUGGCACGCACCAAUUCACCGUCGAAGACCUCGAGCAACUUCAUUCGAUGGCACUUCAACUCAUAUGGAGGCAUCGUUCCGAUUGGGACAGGUCGUUGAUGGUACAACAGCUUGUGCAACAUUGCUCGCAUUUCGUGCAAGCGGUCCAACAUGGGUCGUGAUCCAAAGAGACUGAGACUCCCAAACUUAAUGACCUAUUCAUGCUCUCAUGGUCGAUAUGACUCGACGUGUAUCGUUACG